GACCAUGUAUAUCUGUCUGUAACUAUGGUAAAUAUAAAACUAAUUUAAUUUGUGCUUACCUUUCAAAUGAAUAUACAUUAUUGACAUAAGAAUGACAUAGGAGACAGAGUGCCAUAAAUUUCAUACUGUUGUAAAGUUAAACGAAAACUUUUAAAAUGGGUUUUGGAAAAGGCGUAAGAAUUGAUAUAAGCCUAAUUAUGAAAAUUAUUGCAUUAGUUUGUUGUGCAUGUGCUUUAGGAUUAAGUUUGAAUGGCACGGGUGCUAAUGGAAGAGUUUGGGCCACGUUUAAUUGUUUUAAAUUUGCUACUGGCGGCUAUAUGAUAGUUUUAGCCAUAUUUAUAGGUUGGGCUAUAGUCAAAUAUGAUGUGGAUAAACUAUUUGCGGGUUGCAUUUUGGCAUUCGGUUUCAUUUACAAUGUAGGAGCUGGUGCAGCUCUUAUUAGUUAUUAUGUUGAUUAUAAAGAUGAUAUUCUGACUUGUGUGGGAGGAGCAUUGGAUUUAGCGGCUGGUAUAGUUAUGCUUGUAGAUACCCUGCAUUGUUUUGGACUAUUUUAAGUAUGUAAUGUAACUAUCACUGAAAGAUCAGCUAUGUAUAUAAUCUAUAUAUGUAUUUGCCAAUGUAUUAUCAGGGUUAUUUAUAAUAAAGUUCUAAAG